GUUUAAAGGCUCUGCCUCUGGUUCGAGCGGAUCUGAGCCUUGAUUUUUGGGAGCCAAACGGUGGACAUCAUGUUGGCGAGAAUCUGCUAUUUGUUGAUUCUGCUGUUUGACAUGGCUGCAGCUGGAGUGUUUGUGGAGAAGCAGACGGCGGACGCGGUGCUGAGCCGAUGGCGACGAGCAAACACUGGAUUCUUGGAGGAACUCAAGCAGGGCAACCUGGAAAGGGAAUGCCUCGAGGAGAUCUGCGACUACGAGGAGGCCAGAGAAGUGUUUGAGGACGAAACCCAGACGAGGCGAUUCUGGGAUACAUAUCCCGGUCGGGACCCCUGCAAAGUCAACCCGUGUUCUAACAACGGCGUGUGCGUCAAGACUCAGACGGGCUUCCGGUGUCAAUGUGCCGAAGGCUUUGAAGGACGCUUCUGUCAGAUGGUGUUUGAAGACUCGCUCAAGUGUAUCUACCACAACGGUCAAUGUCAGCACUUUUGCGACGGCUCGGGGAAACGCCGCAAAUGUUCCUGCGCCGAUGGCUACAUGCUGGGGGAAGAUGAACGACAGUGCAUUGCUCAGGUGGAGUUUCCGUGUGGUCAGCUGGCUCCAAACAAUCAGAGCAUGAUGGAUCAGACGAGGCUUGUCGGAUCCACUCAUGGUACCAAAGGAGAGUUACCCUGGCAGGUUCUGAUUCAAUUGAACGGAGCCAGUCACUGUGGAGGCGUUCUGAUCCGUCCCGACAGAGUCCUUACCGCUGCUCACUGUGUCUCCAACAUCAAGCCUGACAAACUCAUUGUGGUGGCAGGGGAACACAACCUGGACGUUGACGACGGCACGGAACAAAGAAUCCCCGUUUCGACGGUGAACGUUCAUGAGAAUUACGAGCCAGCGACGGGAGACAGCGACAUCGCGCUCCUGCAUCUGAGUAGAAACGUGUCGCUAAAUAGCAACGUGAUAACCGUCUGCCUGCCCACCAAAGAAUUGGCACAGCGUGAGCUACUGCUGCUACGCUACCACACCGUGUCCGGUUGGGGCAAGAGGACCAUUGGAGGAAACAACCAAGGCAUCGUGUUCGCGGGGGUUCCCAUUUCGCCAAUCCUCCGCAAGAUGUCUGUACCCAUCAUCCAGAAUUCCCGGUGCUCCGAGAGUUCCCGGUUCAACUUCACCGACAACAUGCUCUGUGCCGGCUACCUGGCGGGUGACCAGGAGAGCUGCCGUGGAGAUGACGGGAGCCCCAUGACCACUCUCUAUGGCACCACCCACUUCCUUUCAGGUGUGGUGGGAUGGGGGAAAGGCUGCACCAUCCGGGGUUACUUUGGUGUUUACACUAACGUGGCCAGGUUUGUUGACUGGGUGGAGUCGAGGAACACAAUGGUACCUGACAUGCUGCAACAGAAAGUCGUCUAAGACGGAAUGAUUUGUCAUUGUGUGUACAAAUUUCAGGUCCGAAAUAAAAAAAUAUAUGGUCAUUGAA